AUGGCAGGUUUAUUGGAUCUAUUGAAUGCUGAUGAAAUACUCACCAGACAACAACAACAACAACAACAACAACAACAACAACAACAACAACAACAACAACAACAACAACAACAACAACAAAAGCAGAGACAACAACAAGCACAGGCACUGGAGAAAGUUCCAGCUAGUCAUCAACAUAUCAACCAAAACCCCGUCACACAUAAUCGCAAUUCUGGCUUACACCAAGGACAAGAUCACAGAUCUCCUAGAUCUAUAAUUACUCCACCGCCUAGAUACUCAUGGAGAAGAAAUUCAUUUGCCCACAACAUUGAUACUUCUGCUGCUAGUGAUGUCGAUCCAAUAUCAAGUGUCAAAUCAGAAGCUCCAGCUAGUUCUUACAAUACAUCGUUGAACUCAUCUCCUAUCGAUUUAGACAAGGUCAAACACAACAACCAAUUUUUAAUCAAACCGGAAUUAGCAAGUACUACCAAUACUUCUUUGUCCUCGGUAUCUCCACAAGACCCUUUGGCUCAUUCAAAGUUGACCAGUACAGACACUGCCUUGCUAGGUUCUUGUAAACGAAAUUAUUCCAACACCAAUGCACCCACCAUUGCACCUAAUGCUACUUCCAACAACUCGUCAUUUACUUCACAUAAACCGCUAUUCCAAUUACGUGACAAGGUCCCCCACUCUAAAAUAAACAAGCACAUUCUUGCAACCAAACGAUUUGUCAAGUUCGCCAUACGACGCAAAUACGCCACGAAAAAGAAAAUCAGUGAUACGCGUCAACUGAAGUUACACAUCAAAUCACUAAAAGCCGGUAUCAAGAUUAAAUUGACCAAGUGUGAUAAUUUGUUCAAUUUGUAUCAUUGCUUAAUUCCGUUCACUGAUGAUCGCAAAAUUUAUUGUUUAUUUGAUGAUGAUAUGACUACAAAGGAAUAUGGUGACAUCGUAGCUAAUUGUAAUGGAAGCGAUGACGAAAAACAACAAAACAACAUCAACAAGUAUCUUGAGUCAAAGGGGUUGCAGUUGAUUGAUAAUAACGUUGUUGACUUGAAUGAUUAUUCCAACAAGAUAAUAAAAUCAUUCACCAGUGAAGUGAGUCAAUCAGUGCCUACAUUCAAUUCAUUGGAUACAGCAGUCAAUACUCUUUUUAGCACUAAGAGCUUUACCUUGGUUCGUAUUACUAGAUCAACGACUGAUGACGUACAUGGAUCAUCCAUUCUAAAGUUGGAGACAGCCAAACCAGGUGAUUUCACCUUGAUUGAUGAUGAGGAAAAUUCCGAUGAAAUGUUGCAUUCGCUUGGUGGUGAAGGUGAAGUACCCAACAACUUGUUUUUCAAAAAGAUUAUUGCUCGACCUAGGUACAAGAGCAAUAUGAAGAUUUACUUUAUGCCAUCAAACCAAGCCAAUUAUGCAUUAUACACUGAUUGUCGAUCUUUUGAGCGGGAUUUAUUCAACGGUGUUGUGCAAGUCGAAUUUAACGAUUUAGAAGAAUGUCUCAAUGAUAAGGACAAGAAAUGGGAUAAUGUCGAUGUUGAUGAUGUUAGUGUCAAGCGUUUCGCUGGGUAUGAUAGGAAUAUCUAUUGUACAUUUCCCGUUGAGGAAGCUUUGAAGCGGUUUAAGAAAAGUUUGGUUGAGAGUUUGGACAACCUUGAUGAUGAAGAUAAAGUUGAGGUGAAAAACCAGCUAGUGGAUCGUGUUGCUAUGCCGCAAGAUACAAAUGGUGUUGAUACUACUACUACUGCUACUACUACACCACCAUUUCAAACACUUCCACCACCUCAAUUUGAAUCUCCGUUGGAUAUGCAACCUGCUCAAGAACCAGUUAUGCCACAGCAACAACAAGUGUUUGGCAAAUUGCAGUCACUGCAGUAUCCAAUAUCGGCGCCAUACCAACAACAGCAACCACAACAACAUCUCCAACCGACAUUCACUGUUAGGUCGCUUUCUUUUGAUGAUGGAUUUGCGAGCAUGAGAAGCCAACAACAACAGCCUUGGCACCAACCAAGCACGAAGCCACCAUCAUCUGCUGUAUUCUUCAAAGGCAUGUCUCCACAGCAGAGACCAGUCUAUGCACCAUCAUUCGGACCAGUGCCGGGUACACGUGGAGCUUCCUUUGAUAUUUCGCAUCACUUGCAGCAACAACCACAACCGCCACAACAGCAGCAACCAUUGGUACUGAUGAUGGCAUCGCUGAUAGGUGGAGCUGUCAAUGAUUACGUCCAAUUGCCCCCAUUGGUUACAUUAUCGCAAACACCUAGGUCAUCAAUGAGUAGAGAGGACCUAGGCACUUCACCAUUACAUUUACAACAAUUGCAACAGCAACAGCAACAGCAACAGCAACAGCAACAGCAACAGCAACAACAACAACAACAACAACAACUGCAGUGGCAGCACGGCUUGCAGACGUUGCCACCAAUCAACACAAUAUCUACAAAGAAGAGCUUCGAGUUCCAAGAGUUGCCGUUGCUCAGAAAUCAACACUUCCAAUUCCAGCCAAGACUGUAA